AUGAGCGAUAUGAAUGACUUUGACCAGUUCAACUUCAACGGGUAUGAUAGCAGCAGCAAGGGAGGUCCCAAGGAAGAAAAGAACAUAGAGGCACCCAACGGAGGGUACGAAAUGAGUGAGGACUUAGGAUUAUCCAACGAACUGAAUGAUAGCCUUAUGGAGAAGAGCUCCAACUACAACGAAUUGAACAUGUCGCUCAACAGCAUUUACAGCGACCAGAAUGUUUCGAAAAGGGAGGUAGACGAAACAGUUAGUAGCAGUAAGAAGUACAAUUUUGGAGAGUCCAAAAAUGAUAGCUCCAAUAAAUUUACAACGUCAUUUAAGAAGGACAGCCAAAUGUCCUUCGAAAAUGCAUAUGAACAAUUUUACGAAAAGGAAUCCGACAUAUCAGACACAGAACAAUCAACCACGUGGGAAACUGAAAGACUAAAAAGGAUAGAACAAAGGAAAGAGUACGAAAGAAAUAAAAAAAUCGAAAUAAAAAAAAAAGCUGCGGAAGACUUAAAAAAAUGGUAUGAAGAAAUGGCCGUUGUAAUUGAAGAGAAAAAAAAAAUGUCUAAAAAGAAAAAAAAUGAAGAAAAAAAAAAGGAAGAAAAUUUGGAAAACAAAACUUGGCAAAAGGUAUUCCAAUAUUUGGACCUGGAAAAGGGUGAAUAUUUUAAGGAGAACAGCCGCAUGAAGCAGGUCCUCCUCAAGCUCAUGAAAAGCGAGGGUUCCUGA